AUCUCCUUGGCAACCGAAUAACGAGCAGACGUUCGGCCAUGAUGAAAGUUUAUUUGUCAUGAUUUCACACCAAAGUAGAGUUAGCCACAGCCAUGUCCAGCAGCUUUGGGAGCGACAUCCACAGACUGCUGCUGGCUGCUGAAGCCGGUCAGAAGGCUGAUAUCCUGGCCUACUCCUCAGGUCAUCUGGGGCCCCGCAGCCUGGGCCAGAGUCAGCCUCACGUGGAGAAAAAGCAGUCUUUCUGGGGGAUGUCUCAUCGCCAAGGAGAAACUCCAAACCUUCUGACGCUCCAGCAGACACAGCAGAUGAAGGCACUGACUUAUGUAAAGAAGAAAGAAAUUAAAGAGUCCUCUUCAGCCUUAAUAGAGUCUGAAGUCUCAAGGUCAAGACAAGAUCAGGCUACUGAUUACUCAUCACAGAGAAGAGAAGAGGGGAAACAGCAAUUUUGCUCAAGCCACACUGACCAGGAAGGCCUGACCAAUGUAGACCAGCAAAAGAUGAAACAGAGGCUUAACAGGCAAGUCAUACCCAAGCAGGACCUUUUUGCUGGAAUAAAUGUUGCUGAAAAGCUUGAGAGGAAACUACAAAAGGAGCUGAAGAAGCUGUCAGCACAAAGCUGGCCCAGCAGAGACCGCCUUGUGGUGUUCAGUGACGUCUUUGAUGAUGUAUGUGAAGACUCGCCAGUAUUUGGACGCAUCCUGAGGGAAAUUAAGACAGAUUAUGAUUUGUAUGCCAACCACAUGAUGGAUUCCCACUCAUCACUGUAUGAUAUGUUGCAGACUACUCCACGCGAAGAGCUUGGCAAUGGUAAAGUAAGGCAUGUAGAGUUAGAGGAUGCUAAAAAAGAGGUUUUUCAGCUGGAGAAGGAGGCCAGAAGAGCUCUAGAGGAGAAUAAACGAGUCCGAGAAGAAUUACAGAAUGUUCCAGCUAGGAACAUUGGCCCAGAGGACAAUGACAUGAUGAAUACAUCUCUUUCAGCGCUGCAGGACAGAGAGGCUGCCAUCGGUUGCACUGGCAGCAUCCGGUCCAAGAGGCUUCUGGUCUUGAACAUGUGGAGGGAGAUUCAGCAGCUGGAGGAGGAGAUUGAGGAGAAGCUGGUGUCCAUUGCUACAACCACAGCCACAGAAAAGUGCAUCAAAGACCUAAAGACAGAGAUAAUGAGACUAAUAGCCUCAAAUGACCUUCUAAACACCACCAACAAGAAUCUGGAAAACAACAUCAACAGGGUGCUGAACAGAGAGAAAGCAAGCAAGGCUGUGAGACGGAUGUUGUGGGACGAGAUACACUGUGAUCAACAAACAGAAAGCGACAAGCUUCAUCAAUGAGUAAAUCAGAAGAUCAUCUGAUGAAAUGGAUGUUUCAAAGUUAAGAGCUAGAUAAAGUGCAAUUUUCAUCAAAAUGAAGGAAUAAUAAGUAGAGUCGCGUCUUUGACAACCAACAAGUAACAUAUUAUGAAAUUACCUUGUCACUGUCAUAGCUCUUCAGUUUAAUACACAUCAAAAAAAAUCUCUUCACCAGAAAUGACACUAUAGAUCAUCAGCUCAAAACUUCUGUCAAUAUCACCAAGCAAUAACGCAAUGUAAAAAUAUGCCUGUAUACUGUAUGUCCUGCAUUCAAAUUUAAGUACGGGUACAGAAGUUGGGAAUAUUGGGUUCUCUAUAUUACAAUUUAAUUAAAGACUUUGGCUAGACCUGCUCUAAUUGGAAAGUUUCAUGAGAUAACUUUUGUUGUGAAUUGGCGCUAUAUAAAUAAACUGAAUUGAAUUUAAUAGAAGUAUCAACAGGAUUACAUACAUGAGAUUAAUAAAAAUAAAAUUAAGUAAAGGUACUCUGGUGGACUGACCCCUUUAAAAGUGUUAUAUGUCUAUAGAUAUUUUACUCUUUGACUGAAGCUAAUAUUAGCUGCUUUAAGUACUAGCCUGCCUGGAGUUUGCCAAAAGGCACCAGAAGGACUCUCAGACCACGAGAAACAAAAUUCUCUGGUCUGAUUAAACAAAAAUUGAACUCUUUGGCAUGAAUGA